AUGCCCGAUGAGUUCCUUGCUAGGAACCCCCCCCCGCUCUGGCUCACUCUCUACCACAUAGUCACCCGCCUCCCUGACUCUCUGCGUGCAGUCAGGGAUCACUUCCUAGCUCGCUGCCCCACUGAGCUCACCAUUGCCCUCCUCGAGAAGGAACUACUUGCAGCUGAGGCUAGCAUAGUCGCUCCUCUGCUUCUGCUGUCGACCUCCUUGGUGCUGAGAAGGUCGGGGCUGCGUCUGCUCCGAGCGGGCGCCGCAGGAGCAAAGGGGACAAGGGAGGCGGAGGUGACGGCGGGGGAGGCGGUGGUGGAUGCGGUGGCGGCGGUGGGAGUGGUGGUGGGGCUGGAGGGACUGGUGGCAGCGGUGGGGGUGGUGGCGGCAGCGGCGGGGGCGGUGGCAGGGGCGGGGGCGGCGGUGGGGGCGGAGGUGGUCGUGGCAGCGGCAGGGGAGGGGGUGGUCGAGGAGGUGGCGGCGGCGGUGGUGGUCGUGGAGGCGCUGGCGGUGGCCAGAGCCAGCAGCACACUCCGUCGCCCCAGGAGGUCCGUGAGUGGUACUCUCAGCACGGGGGGGGGGGGGGGGGGGCUUAGCUGCACGUACAUCAUCCGCACUGGUGACCGCACUGGCCAGACGUGUGGGAGGCCGCACCCCACGCAGCGCUGCUUCUCUCGCCUCGACGACGCCUGGCGUACUCAGUUCCCUGAUGCCACUGAGCUGCCCCGUUGGCUUGAUCUGCUGAAGAAGAGGGUUGAUAUCUAUGCUCUAGACUAUGAUGCUAUUCUCACUGCCAUGUAUGUGAUGUUUACUAGUGGAGAGGGUGCUCAGUACCUGCGUGUUCCGCCCGACCCGGGCAUUCGGACCAGUGAGGCUGCCGCUCUAGGUGCUAGUGCGACCGCCGCUCCAGGUACUUGCGUGUCUACUACCCCAGGUGUUGGUGAGGCUGCUGCUCUAGGUGCUCGUGCGUCUGUGCCCCCUGGUACUGAGUCGACUGAGGCACUGCACACCUUCACACUGGACUCAGGUGCUUCUCGCUAUUUCUUUCGUGACCGCACUGCCCUUGAGCCGCUUGCUCGGCCAGUUGCUGUCUCCCUCGCUGACCCCUCUUGGGGUCCGGUCAUUGCGACCUCCUCCACUGUUCUUCCCUGUCCUGCGGUCCCGUCGGGCACACUGUCUGGUCUCCACCUCCCCUCGUUCUCUACGAACUUGGUGGCGGGUUGUGCGCUCCAGGACGCGGGUGUUCACCAGUUCACCCCUGCCUACGAGCGCGUGACACACUGCACGUGUGCUCGGACGGGCCGUCACCUGGCUACCUUCACUCGGCAGCCGGGGUUGGACCUGUACACACUGACCACUGAGUCCCCUCAGGUUGCUGCGUCUACGUCUGCGUCUGUGUCAGGUCAGUUGUCGGCCCCCUGCUCGUGUCGUUCUCUGACGCACGAGACCGUGCUCUGGCACCACCGACUUGGUCACCCGUCCGUGCAGCGCCUUCGUGCCAUGCACAACCCGUACCUUGUCUCUGGUCUUCCCAGGGUUCUCCCUCCCCUCCCACCCUCGCCUGCGCCUCCCUGUCUUCCCUGUGUCGAGGGGCGGCAGCGCGCCGCUCCUCACUCCUCCUCGUUUCCUCCGACCACUGCUCCUCUGCAGACACUCCACAUGGACGUGUGGGGCCCAGCCAGCGUCCGUGGUCAGGGUCAGGAGAGGUACUUCCUGAUAGUUGUUGACGACUACUCGCGCUACACCACGGUCUUCCCCUUGCGCACCAAGGGUGAGGUCCCUGAUGUUUUGAUCCCUUGGAUCCGCAGAGCCCGUCUCCAGCUCAGCAAGCGCUUCCGCUCGGACUUUCCUGUCCUGCGCUUGCACUCUGACAGAGGUGGUGAGUUCUCCUCCGACCUCUUGGCAGCCUACUGUGCGGAGCACGGCAUUGAGCAGUCGUUCACGCUUCCGGCCUCUCCACAGCAGAAUGGGGUUGCAGAAUUGGCUUGGUCAUGGAGGUUGCUCGUACCUCCUUGA